AUGAUCACUGGUACUUCUCAAGCUGACUGUGCUAUUUUGAUUAUUGCUGGUGGUACCGGUGAGUUCGAAGCUGGUAUCUCUAAGGAUGGUCAAACCAGAGAGCACGCUUUGUUGGCUUACACCUUGGGUGUUAGACAAUUGAUUGUUGCUGUCAACAAGAUGGACUCCGUCAAGUGGGACAAGAACAGAUUCGAGGAAAUCAUCAAGGAAACCUCUAACUUCGUCAAGAAGGUUGGUUACAACCCUAAGACUGUGCCAUUCGUUCCUAUCUCUGGAUGGAACGGUGACAACAUGAUUGAGGCUUCUACCAACUGUCCUUGGUACAAGGGAUGGGAGAAGGAGACCAAGGCUGGUAAGUCCACCGGUAAGACUUUGUUGGAGGCCAUUGACGCCAUUGAGCCACCUCAAAGACCAACCGACAAGCCAUUGAGAUUGCCAUUGCAAGAUGUCUACAAGAUUGGUGGUAUUGGAACGGUGCCAGUCGGUAGAGUUGAAACCGGUAUCAUUAAGGCCGGUAUGGUUGUUACCUUUGCCCCAGCUGGUGUUACCACCGAAGUCAAGUCCGUGGAAAUGCACCACGAACAAUUGGUUGAAGGUGUUCCAGGUGACAAUGUUGGUUUCAACGUUAAGAACGUUUCCGUUAAGGAAAUUAGAAGAGGUAACGUUUGUGGUGACUCCAAGAACGACCCACCAAAGGGUUGUGACUCUUUCACCGCUCAAGUUAUUGUGUUGAACCACCCUGGUCAAAUCUCUGCUGGUUACUCUCCAGUUUUGGACUGUCACACCGCCCACAUUGCUUGUAAAUUCGACACCUUGUUGGAGAAGAUUGACAGAAGAACCGGUAAGAAGAUGGAGGACAACCCCAAGUUUGUCAAGUCCGGUGACGCUUCUAUCGUCAAGAUGGUGCCAUCCAAGCCAAUGUGUGUUGAGGCUUUCACCGACUACCCACCAUUGGGAAGAUUCGCCGUCAGAGACAUGAGACAAACCGUUGCUGUCGGUGUCAUCAAGUCUGUUGAGAAGUCUGACAAGGCCGGUAAGGUCACCAAGGCUGCUCAAAAGGCUGCUAAGAAAUAA